UCAGGAACCUGCGGCGGAAAAUGGCGGAAAAUUUAAAAGUCCCCCCCUGCUCCGUGUGCUGCAAGGCCUCAUGGGCUCAGCUGCAGGACCUGUGCCGCCGGCAGCAGCUGCAGUGUCAGGCGCUCGGCAUCACCCGGCGCAACGUGCGCGACUUCGAGGUGGAGUAUCUGUGUGACUACAAACGGGUGCGGAACGAGGAAUACUACCUGGUUAAGUGGCGCGGUUACCCCAAAGCCUCCAACUCAUGGGAGCCCCGUAAGAACCUGCGGUGCCAGGAGCUCCUCAAGCAGCUACACCAGGACCUGGCCCGAGCCCCGGGGGCUCCGGUACAUCCCGGUCCCCGCGGGCUCCCGGCACGCACCACAUCCUACCUGGUGCAGAAGGCAGAGCAGCGUCAGUCGCUGCGGCAAUGGGAACAGCUCCUCAACAACAGCCGCAGCCACCGCGGCCGCAUCGCGGUGGAGAACGAGGUGGACUUGCACGGACCCCCCCAGGACUUUGUGUACAUCAAUGAGUACAAGGUGGGCCCCGGUGUCACCCUAACGCCGGUGGCGGUGGGGUGUGAGUGCCGGGAUUGCCUGUUGGAGCCGGUGGGCGGUUGUUGCCCCGGCGCGUCACACAACAGGUUUGCCUACAAUGAGACGGGGCAGGUGCGGAUCCGAGCGGGGUUGCCCAUCUACGAGUGUAACUCGCGGUGUUGUUGCGGUGACGACUGUCCCAACCGCGUGGUGCAGAAGGGCAUCCGGUACAACCUGUGCAUCUUCCGCACCGGCAACGGGCGCGGAUGGGGUGUGCGCACCAUGGAGCGCAUCCGCAAGAACAGCUUCGUCAUGGAGUACAUCGGGGAGAUCAUCACGUCCGAGGAGGCAGAGCGACGGGGGCAGGUCUAUGACCGGCAAGGGGCCACGUAUCUGUUCGACCUGGACUAUGUGGAGGACGUGUACACGGUGGACGCGGCGCACUAUGGGAACAUAUCCCACUUUGUCAACCACAGCUGCGACCCCAACCUGCAGGUGUACAACGUGUUCAUUGAGAACCUGGACCCACGUCUGCCCCGGAUCGCUCUGUUUGCCACCCGCCCCAUCCGCGCCGGAGAGGAGCUCACCUUCGACUACAACAUGCACGUGGACCCAGUGGACGCCGAGAGCACCCGCAUGGACUCCAACUUCGGGCUGGCGGUCGGGGGCUCGCCCCAUACCCGGGGUCGUAUCGAGUGCAAGUGUGGGGCAGCCGCUUGCCGCAAGUACCUCUUCUAGCCCCAUAGCACUGGGGCAAACACGCUUGUUGACCACAGA